AUGUAUUCUUCGCGGGCUCGCGCUGCUUUCGCUGGCUUAGGGGUCCUUGCUUGCCUGGUCUUGGCUAUCUUCAUGCUCGUGCAGGCCUUCGGCAAGGGUCCUUCUGUUCACGGAUGGGCGUUGGAUGCGUUAAAUAUAUACGCUCCUUCCCUCGGCAUCCAGUUUUCUGAACCUGUGGCAAUGAGCAUCGCAGGAUCGCCUCGGUAUAAUAUUCACAGCUCCGAUGCCGCAGAGGAAUGGCGGCGUCUUCUCCCCGACAGUGGGCAUACAGUUGUCGUUGACGAUGAGAUCUACACUGUAACGCUCUUCCACCAACUCAAAUGCUUGGACCUCAUCCGCGAAGCAUACGCUGGGGGCCCUGAGCCUGUCGCAACACCUAUCGUCCGCCAUUGCAUGAACUACCUGCGUCAGACACUACUCUGCCACCCGAAUCUGUCAUUGGAGAAGGGCGUGUCGCCCCUUGGGAGUGUAGAGACCCGUUAUGAUGUAGCAUGCCGCGACUGGACACAGGACGGCGGGAGCAUUCGCUUUCUCUUCUGGGCCGCUGUAGUAUAA